AUGGCGUCUGCACAGAUUCAAUAUCGACAUAUGACUCAUCCUUAUAUGCUGCCACCACAGGUUAAAUCAGUGGCCCUUGGUCUUGCCGUUUCUCAAAUGCUUCUUGGCUUGUUAGGUCUGAUUGCAGGCAUAUUAGGCUUUACGCUAUACCGAUCUUACAUGAAUAUUGUCAUAUUACUCGGCGUUGACAUAUGGACAUGUUCAUUUUAUCUCAUAAGCGGACUACUUGGUAUGGGCUUACAUAUAAAUCCAGCAAAUUAUAGAUUGAUGCAUGCUUACUUUGCCUUUACUAUCAUUAGCUUCAUUGUGUGCGUAGCCCAGUGCACUUUCUCUGCUAUUUCACUUUUCUUCUACUAUGUUCGGUACACAUUUUGGCAUAGUUUAGCGUCAUUACUCAUUGGAAUGCUAGAGUUUGGCUUCAGUUUAGGGAAUAUUAUUUUACUUGGACACCUUGUCUAUUGCAAAUCAUUACAGGCAAGUGCAACAGUAGUCUAUCCUCCAAACCAGCAAAUGUUGAUGCAAGAAUAUAAUUCUCCUUCAGUUGAAGCUGUGUUAAGUAGAACUUUAGCCGCAGAAACUCGCAUUUCUGAAAACUUCCAACCACCACCACCUCCUCAGCCUAUACCAAAUAAUAAUAUUAAAGAUAAUGAUACUCCCGAAUCUAAACGUCAUUCGCGCUCUAGAAAUUCAUCUAUAAGACAAAGUAGCGAUGAAUAUUCCUCAUCUGACACGUCUGAAGAUAUAGAGCUAGCUUCGAAGCAUCGAUCUAGACGCUCAGGAAGGUCUAGAAGAAAACAUCAUCGACGUUAG